UUGAUUUAGAAAGUACAAUUUGAUAAACAUGAAUAAAGAUGGUUCAAAACACAAAAAAAGGAUCUAUAAAUAUUUUCUAGAUCCUACAUAUAAACCAUCACAAGUAGAUCCUCGAACGGAUAAGCGAUGGAGAAAUAUUCUGAGCACGACAGAUAUAAACAAUGAAUUAGCAGACAACACAUCAAAUUUUAAAGAUCAUUUAACAGAUGGAAGCUUUAGUCCUUUACAUAAUGAAAGUAACAAAUUUGACCAAGUUUCACUUAUAUCUAAUAUGAUUUUUACUUUGAAAGAUGAAGAUUCAGAAAACUUAAGCAUUAAUUCUGAAUGUUAUCAAGAAUCUGAUAGCAAUACUUCUAAUAUAUUUUUAGAAAACUCUUGUGACAACUUAUCCAGUGAAAUUAGAAAUGAAACAAUUAUGUUUGAAGCUGCUGGUCUUACAAUUUCUGAUGUACUGAUGAUGAUAACUGGCAUCUGUCUCCGAUAUAAUUUAUCAAACUCUGCAAAGCAUGCAAUAAUUAAGCUAGUUAAAGUAUUAGUUGGACCAAAAUUCGUUGCGUGGAAAGUUAAUAGCUAUAACAUAUUACAACAAUGUAGCCCACCUGAUGAUAAAAUUUUAUAUACAUUUUAUUGUACUAAAUGUUACUUAAAAUUGAUGGAACCUAUUACAAAAAAUAAUUUUCGAAAUCAAAUUCGAUUUUGUGACACAUGUAAUAAUCAAUAUAAACUUUCAAUGCAAUCUCCAAACUAUUUCAUAAGUAUUGAUAUUUCAUAUCAAAUUAAAAUGUUAUUAGAAGAUAAAGAUAUUCUACUAAAACUAUUAGUAAAUUUAGAUUUAAUUAAUAAUAGUACAAAUUCAGAAAAUUCUUCAAUACACGAUAUUUACGAUGGUGAAUUAUAUAAAAAAUUGUCUGACAUUAAGUGUAGUCAAUUUAAGACAUUAACAUUCAACUUUAACACCGAUGGUGCAGCCUUAUUUCGUAGUUCUAAAUUGUCUAUGUGGCCAAUACAACUAAUUAUAAAUAAACUUCCUGUUGAAUUGAGAUUUAAAACUGUUAUACUUGCUGCAUUAUGGAUUUCAGAUUCAGAACCUAAACCUGCAUUUAUGAAUCUAUAUUUAUCAACGCUUGUAGAAUCAGCAAAAGAAUUGCUACAAUCUGGUAUAACAAUAAUUAAUCAUAAUCAAUCGAUUAAAUUUAAUUUCAUAUUACUCUGUUCAUCAGUUGAUUCCGUUGCACGACCUAUAAUGCAAAAUCGUAUGCAAUAUAAUGCAUUUCAAGGAUGUAGUUGGUGCUACGCGUACGGUCGUCAUGUGAAAGGUGCUAUGCGUUAUCCAAUGUCAAAACAAGAUCCAGACUUGAGAUCACAAGAAUCUUAUCUGAAAGAUGUUGAUGAAGCAAUAAAAUUACAAAAAAUAAUUAGAGGUGUAAAAGGUGAAUUUCAAUUAAUAAAAAUGCCGCUGUUUGAUAGUAUUUGGGGUUACCCCAUUGAUUAUAUGCAUGGUAUUCUUUUGGGAGUAACUAAACAGAUGUGGGACAUUUGGACUACACCUGUACAGUCUGUUAAAAAAUCUGGACCACUGUGGGCUACAUCAACAUUUCCCUAUGAAAGCAAUAUAUUUCAUUUAAAGCAAUUUGUAAAUGGACCUAAAGGUGUGCGAAAUCAAAUAAUAGAUAAACAUUUAAGACUUGCGAAAUAUCGACAUUCCGUAGCCACUAUAGCACUUAGUACUGAUGAUAGUUUCCAAUUUUGUAAAGAUUUAUUUGAAUACCGACGAUUAAUGCAAUAUACAACUACUGAAAGUGGUAUAACAUUUAUUGGUAAAGAUGCGUAUUUAAAGGCACAGUAUUUCAUAGUAUCUUAUAUGAACGGUCAAAGAAGACCAAUGAUACCGUAA